UUUCCCCGUCCGUUGCAACUCGCCAGCCAGCCAGCCAUCAUCCAUUGAACCCCUCCCUCUCCUCUCCUCUCCUCGCCGAAUCCACCCCGGCGCUCGCUGUCCGAGAUCCCCACCAAUUCGGCACGCCGCACGUGUGCACGUAUAACAACACAUCGGGUCGACCGAUCAAUGGCUCUGCUCAAGGCCGCGCGCGUCGCCGACGUCCCCAGCCUCGACGUCGUCGUGCCGGACCACCUCGCCGCCGCCGCGCGGGUCCUCGACGCGGAGUCGGCGGCGGCGAUGAAGAGGCAGCAGCGCGGCGCGGGCCGGCGGUUCGCGGUGAUCGGGCACCGCGGCAAGGGGAUGAACGCGCUGGCGUCGCCGGACCGGCGGCUGCAGGAGGUGAAGGAGAACUCGAUCCGGUCGUUCAACGAGGCGGCGCGCUUCGCCGUCGACUACGUCGAGUUCGACGUCCAGGUCACCAAGGACGUCUGCCCAGUCAUCUUCCAUGACAACUUCAUCGUUACUGAAGAACAUGGCAAAAUUUCAGAGAAGCGUGUCACUGAUCUUCAGUUGGAAGAUUUCCUCCAGUAUGGCCCACAAAACAAGCAAGGGAAGAAUGGGAAGCCUUUGCUGCGGAAAAUGAAGGACGGUCGGGUAUUGAAUUGGAACGUCCAGUCAGAUGAUCCUCUUUGCACCCUUCAAGAAGCAUUCGAGAAGGUCAAUCCAAGAUUGGGCUUCAAUGUCGAGCUGAAAUUCGAUGACAAUCUCGUGUACCAAGAUGAGGAGCUCACUCACAUCCUCCAGGCCAUCCUCAAGGUGGUCUUCGAGUGUGCCAAGGAUAGGCCUAUCAUUUUCUCUAGCUUCCAGCCCGAUGCUGCGCAGCUCAUGCGAAAACUGCAGAGCACAUACCCUGUGUACUUCUUGACGAAUGGAGGGACGGAAGUCUAUGCCGACGUGAGGAGGAACUCGUUGGAAGAGGCGGUCAAGCUGUGCCUUGCCAGCGGCAUGCAAGGGAUCGUGUCCGAGGCCCGCGCGGUUUUCAGGUUCCCGACAGCUAUACCCAAGAUCAAGGAGGCCGACCUCUCCCUGCUAACUUACGGGACACUCAAUAACGUGCCGGAGGCGGUGUACAUGCAGCACCUGAUGGGUGUGAACGGGGUCAUCGUCGACCUCGUGCCGGAGAUCACUGGCGCUGUCUCCGAUCUCAUCGCCGUCCCGGAGACCGAUGUGGAGAUCAAUGAUCUGAGCGGCCAGGUGGCAAAAGAUGCCGCGUCGACACCGAAUUUCACGCAGCGGGAGAUCUCGUUCCUGCUGAGGCUCAUGCCCGAGCUUGUGCAAUAACACAGAUUGCACACCAUUAACUCAUGGCUUUGGAUGUAACUGAUUGUUUGGCAUACAGGACAGGAGGAGCCCCUUGUGGAAGGAAGUACAGGUUUACAUACUGGGUUGGUGUGAUGUCCUUCGGUGAGCCCUGGUACUGGGAGAAUUGGGGAUUGAUAUGAUAUGUUGUAGUGUGGGUGGCGAAAUUUUUGGAUAUACAUGUUGUAGUGAAUGUCACCGUCACAAUGGGCCGUGUUACUAAACUAAUACAUGAUCCUGAGUCUGGUAACCAGCAUUUUCGAUCAA